CUUUCGCGACAAACAAUGAAUAAUCUAGUCGUGCAGACUCUCACCAUAAUAGCAGGGUUCCGAAAUUGACCGGGUCCAGAGGAAUGGCUCAAGCCAGCGAUCUACAGGAGUUUGAUGAAAAAGACUUGCGAGAUGUGGUUUGGGUCAGAACGAGUGUUGGUGCUUCAUUGCGGGCCAAUUUUAAAAGGACGGGACGCAAAGUGGCUGUCAAGUUAUUCACGGAUGGUAAAUGGAUUGAUAGAUUAAGAAAAGUACGGAUGUUGGAACAGGUCUGUUCUGAGCAAGUACUAGUCCCCUUGGGUGUGUACAAGGCUCACUCUCUUGUUGGGCUAGUGUGGGACUGGAUGACCGAGGGAUCUCUAGAUUCAGCACUGCAUGAGACCGACCUGUUACCAGAGCUUUCAAUGGCUCUUUGUCUUCAGAUCCUGUUGGAUGUUGCUGAAGGUUUAGCUCAUCUCCAUGCCAUUCCGUUACCUCAUGGAGCCCUGAAAGCCACUAAUGUUCUUCUCGACCAACACUACCGUGCCAAGCUGUGUGACUGGGGCCAACAUUUGACUAUUACCACCUCUAAUGGCAAAGGGCCAUGUUACAGAGACCUGGCAUAUAUGUCACCUGAAGUCAUACAAGGUGCCGUUCCUUCUGUGGAGGCUGACAUGUACAGUUUUGGGGUUCUGCUAUGGGAAGUUUUGAACAGAAAGCGUCCAUGCGAAGGUAUUGAUCAACUUCAGACCCAGAUGCUCUUUGCUCAGGAUAAGCUGGAGCUUGGUAUGGGAGUUGACCUAAUGACCCCUCAAAAUCAUGCCCUAACCCAGCUCAUGAUUACAUGCUUGAACACUGAACCAAAUAAACGCCCAUCAGCUGAGGAAUGUACGGUGGUUCUAAGGACAGCGUUGGCAGCAGUUGAGCCACAGACUUUCAUUGAAGCUGUUCUUCAUAUGAAAGCAUACAAGGAGAGGAAGCUACUGAGCUGUAAAACCAGCUGGGUGUUCCCUGUUGAACUACAUAACAUAGAGCUCAACAGUGGUUUUAAUGGUACCAAAAAUUGGACUUCCAAGGUGAUUCCAAGGGAUGAAACUCCAUCACAGAUUCCCAAAGUGCAUGCAGAUGGAAAAGUCUCUCUGCCAACAGCAGCAAAGGGUUGUCUUCUUGUUGGAUGCUGUAGGGAUACAGGAAAAAAUUCCAUCCAAUCCGGUAGCUCUGGCAGCGAUCUUGGUUUCACUCAGAUUAUUGGAUGUUGUGCAGCACCCCAGAGACAGAGUCCUACGUCUUUAAGGUCCCCGUGUGUUUCUCCUACAACACUAUUUCGGGGUACCCCGCAGCACAAUGCUGGCAACCAGGUUCCAUGUCAUCUGUCUGCGGGAAGGAGCUGUUGUCGACUCUUGCAGGAGAGACGCGAGAGCAUUGUGCGCUGCAUGACUGAAGGACGACUCAACAACUUACUAGAUGUGAUGCGGGCUCAGCAAGCUGUGACCCGUGAGACAUACGAGAUCAUCACUGGUGCCCUGACCUUGACCGAACGCACUCGCUGUUUACUUGAUAUCUGCACUUGCCUCGGUGAGAAUGUUGCCAUCCUGGUGGCCACAACUUUGGGUCUAGUAUCCACUGACAAUAGUAAAAGAGUGCAUAAGUGGCAGGCUGGUUAAGUUGUGCCCAACAGACCUGCACUUUAAUAUAUACUUAGUUUUCUAUCAUGUUGCAGUUUGCAUUUUACUCUUGUUUGGGGUGCUCUGAAGCAGAAAUAAAGGGAGGUCAGAUUCUCUGGAAUGGUGUACUGCUAUGCAGUUUUUAGAUCUAAAACAAAUCUCAUCAAAUUAUCACCCUUUAUGCAGGGUGUUGCAGAUUUCAUUGUUUCCAGUUUCACUGACUGAAGGGAUUAAUCCAGUGCUUUUUAACAUGAUGAUGUUCUGUUGAAGAGCCAAUUACUAUUUUGAUUACAUUAUUUUGUGUUUAAAUGUCAACAUUCACUCUCAGUUGCCAUUAAUCUUGAAGCAGUUGUUUGAGAUGCUAAUAAUCAAUUACCAGUUUUCCUCUUCUGUGCUCAGAUUUCACAUUUAUUCUUACUAUCACCACAUUUAUUGUGUGAAUGUUUUUCUUUGUGUACUAUGUAUUAUGAAACAAUGUUGAAUGUAGUAUGAUAUUUAGACUUUAAAAUUGUGCAUGUUGCACAACAGGAUCAGUAGUUUCUGAUCAUAGUGUAUCUUGCAACAAGACAUUUUUUAUUAUAUUUCAUGGAAUAAAGUCCUAAUACGGACAUAGCAUGCCAUGUACAAAACAAGAACUGAAUAAAAGAUGUGUUAA